AUGGCCGUGUGCGGACUAUUGCCGCGGAUUGCUUUCCUGCAGUCGAGCACAGGAUGGUUCUCGUAUGAUGCACCCUACCGCCUGGUGAACAAAUCCAAUGGGGUGAGCACUGGAACUUUGCUCGUCAGCUCGGCAUGCGGCUAUCAUGCAGAGGCCGUUGAGCGGCCGGGAUAUCCGAUAUCCAUUGGUACAGUCAGGCAUCAGUGGCAUGGUCAACAGAAUCGCAAACGAAGCAUGCGCCCGGAAGCCCACGUGCUAUGGCGAAUGAACCGAACUGGCCUGGUCAGCUACAACUCUGAAGCCCCACGGUGGUUCGAGCAGGCGUGGUAUGACCAGCUCAACAUUGAUCAGCUGCGAGGCGUCUAUGCCUGCCACCAAUUCCUGUGCUAUGUGGUGUUUCUGGGAGCAGCGCAUUCUUUCUCUUUGAACCAGCUGUCAGUUCAAGCUAUGUCCCACUUCUGUCUCUGUGCUUGGCUCCAGCAACCUAAUGUUGUCUCCAUUUGUGUUGGCAUCGGCAUCGGUCCGGUGUCCGCGAGGCAGGGUAUGCAGAGCAGGAUAUCGGAAAGCUGGGUGGUAGCAGGUUACCAUAAUUGA